ACCGAGUAAAGGUUCGAGAUUUUAUAUAUUGAUUCUACAUGGCACAUGUACAAGAAAAGAGUAAAGGGUCGAAAUUGACCGUCUUUGUUCUACAUGACAAAGUUCGAAAUUUACAAUAUUGGUUCUACAUGACACAGAUUCAUAGACGGAGUUACGGUUCUUGAUAUACAAUAUUGGUUCUACAUGACAUAUUCAAGCAUGGUGUUACGGUUCCAUAUUUGCUAUAUUGGUUCUACAUGACCAAGGUUCCAGCACGGAGGAAAGGCUCGAGAUUUGCAUGACCAAGAUUCAAAGACGGAGUGACAGUUCUUGAUUUACAAUGUUGGUUCUACAUGACCAAGAUUCAAAGACGGAGUGACAGUUCAAUAUUUACUCUAUUGGUUCUACAUGACCACGGUUCCAGCCCGGAGUAGAGGCUCGAGACUCGCGCUGUGUGUUCUACAGAACUGCCUGAUGAUUGUCCUCGUUUUACUCGUCGUGUAUCUGUCCUGGGUCGUCACGCUUCACCGAGGACUCGCCCAGUCCCAGCAAAACGGAAGUACUUCUGUAGAGAACGAAAACGUGACAAAACAGGUAGCCGAUGAACACCCGCUGAGUGCCACGAACUGGUCAGACAGCCAAACUAGCACCACACCAGUACUUCGCGGUUAUCACAAUGAUCACAGACGAAACAGAUUCAAAACUAGAAACCAGGAAAUUAAACGAAAACGGAGAAGGAAAAGAAUACGAAACAGGAACAGACUUAAUAAUGCAAAGAUCUCGACGGCUGUGGAAACGUCGACGUCAGCAGGUGUUACGUCAUCACGUCAAGACAACGACGACGUCAACGUUGUUCGAAAGAAAACAUCACGGGCGGCAGACACGGUGAAACCAUCGUUUAUAAACGUCAUCAAGCCUUGGAAAAAAGGAACACCACAAAGCGAUCACGAUGACAAAACUGUGAGUGACACAGAAAUGACAACGGUCAGUGUCUUGACGUCAGUUCCUGUCGUAGGCGUGGCUCCCGUUUCUCUUGGACAAACUGCCACAUCUGGUCACACAGAGUCCAGUACUACCAGUCACAAAGAGAUCAGCACCACACUCACAAAACAUGCUACAGCAGACGCGACUCGGUGGUCGUCGUGGGGGUCGUGCAGCAUCACGUGCGGAGUGGGUCAGCAGGAGAGGACGAGGAGCUGCGGCUCACACUGCCAGGAGAUCGAAUCUAAACCCUGUCUCCUAGAACCGUGUGCAGGUGAUGACAACACGUGGCUGGACAAGUGGGCGUACUUCGAGAUGCUCGACAUGACCACUGACGUGGACGUGGACACUGACGCGAGCGACCCGUGCGAGCGGUGGAUGAAGUGCAGUAACAAGUCGAUCCAGCACUACCUGACGAAGAUCGCCGAGUUGCCGAGCUGUCCGUGCCACUACCCGAUCAGCCUGGCCUUCCACGACAGCCUCUACGACGACGAGUACCAGAAGGUCUUCGUCUGGGAGGACGCCAGCGGCAGCAGCGAACGGAACGACGUCUACAGGCCGGGGGCCACAUUCUGUAUCCGCUCUCUGCUGCCAGAACACUCAUUCUCAUUGGCUGCACAGCACUGUUGCUAUGACAGCCACCAGAAACUUAUUACCCGUGGAAGAGAUGCGGGCACCCCGAAUCUCGUGAGUCCACAGAUCUCGCGAGAACUGCAUAAGAAGGUAGAUCUUCUGCCGUGGGUCAUCUGUAAAGGCGAUUGGACAAGGUACGACUUGGUACUGCACCCCAAUAACAAGCGGCAGUGUGUUGAAAACCCAGGCAUGGAGGUCAUACACGAGCAGAUUCGACAGGCCAAGCUCUAUUGACCUCAACACAGAUGACAGACUGCUGUAUUGACCUCAACACAGAUGACAGACUGCUGUAUUGACCUCAACCUCGAUGACAGACUGCUGUAUUGACCUCCACACAGAUGACAGACUGCUGUAUUGACCUCAACCUGGAUGACAGACUGUUGUAUUGACCUCAACCCUGAUGACAGACUGUUGUACUGACCUCAACCCUGAUGACAGACUGUUGUAUUGACCUCAACCCUGAUGACAGACUGUUGUAUUGACCUCAACCCUGAUGACAGACUGUUGUAUUGACCUCAACCCUGAUGACAGACUGUUGUAUUGACCUCAACCCAGAUGACACUGUUGUAUUGACCUCAACCCAGAUGACAGACUGUUGUAUUGACCGCAACACAGAUGACAGACUGUUGUAUUGACCUCAACCUGGAUGACAGACUGUUGUAUUGACCUCAUCCCGACUGACAGAUUGUUGUAUUGACCUCGACACAGAUGACAGACUGUUGUAUUGACUUCAACACAGAUGCCAGACUGUUGUAUUGCCAUCAACCAUGAUGACACUGUUGUACUGACCUUAACCCUGAUGACAGACUGUUGUAUUGACCUCAACACAGAUGACACUAUUGUAUUGACCUGAACCCAGAUGACACUGUUGUAUUGACCUCAACACAAUGACAGACUGUUGUAUUGACCUCAACCCUGAUGACAGACUGUUGUAUUGACCUCAACCCAGAUGACAGACUGUUGUAUUGACCGCAACACAGAUGACAGACUGCUGUAUUGACCUCAACCCGGAUGACAGAUUGUUGUAUUGACCUCAACACGGAUGACAGACUGUUGUAUUGACCUCAACAGAUGACAGACUGCUGUAUUGACCUCAACAUAGAUGACAGACUGUUGUAUUGACCUCAACCUGGAUUACUGACUGUUGUAUUGACCUCAACCCGAAUGAAAGACUGCUGUAUUGACCUCAACCCGAAUGACAGACGGCUGUAUUGACCUCAACCCGGAUGACAGGUCAAGCUGUAUUGACCUCAAGACAAAUGACAGAUCAAACUGUAUUGACCUCAACCCGGAUGACAGGUCAAGCUGUAUAUUGGAACUAGCUUCAUUUUCCCCACUACAUACUAGGAAAGUGAUCAGGAAUCUGCUAACUGGCUGGCGAUCUCUUCUUUAAAGCACUAUAUUGAUUUGUGCAGGCUAAUCACCCGGCCUGAAUACAAUUGAUUUGUUGACGACUGAUUGCGUUAUGUGUUUGAUGGACAUGGAAUCCCGAGCAAUAACUUCGGUAUUGAUAGUCCAUAGCCAUCGGUUCAGUCAUCCAGUAAAAUGUCCUAAGAGCAAUAAACAUUAGGAACACGCUGAAGGUGAAAAUAAACAUUCGUAUGUGAACUGUUACACAGGAACCUGUUAACUGUUUUGUUGGUGACUGAGUUUCAGAACCUGUUAACUGUUUUGUUGGCGACUUUGAGUUUCAGAACCUGUUAACUGUUUUGUUGGCGACUUUGAGUUUCAGAAUCUGUUAACAAAUAGACAUAUAGGGCCAUAGGAGCCGGGUCAGGGGAGAGGGCACGUACUCCCCAUAUGAAGCCCAAAACGUUCACUUUGUGGUUGUGUUAUACAUAUAAACAAAAACAUAUGUUUGCGUCUUCGACGUUUCUACAGACUGGUCGAAGUUUGCCUGUAAAGCUCGACGACAUUGUGAUGAGAUGGCCAUGGACAGCUGUAUGAACUCAUUACAGGUUACUAGUAUAACAUGCAUCAUCUGCAAACCACGGGUUAACCUUCAAUUCGACUGCUGAAAGUGCUCUCGACCUUCUAGAUUCUCAUUACUAUCUGUUAUAAAAUGUGUUGCCCAAAGACUAUUUUAAUAGAACAGAUUAUAAAAGGAAA